UUUCGUUUUAUUCACCAGUGGGAAGUGGCUGAGGGAGGAAGUAACAAGAACAAGUAGGCAAAGCAGAGGGUUGGGAGACGGAGGCGUUGAGCCUGCAGUUGGUUCUUACUUACAGGUUCAGCCGAGGUGAGGAGAAAAUGCACCUGCUGCUGCUCUUCUCCCUCCUCGCCCAGGUUUCAGCCUCAUCUGCCAUCAGGGGUCCAGAAGCGGUGAGAGGCCCGGUUGGGGGCUCACUGACUGUGCAGUGCCACUAUGACCCAGGGUGGGAGAAAUAUGUCAAGUGGUGGUGUCGGGGAGCUGCUUGGGGCAGUUGCAAUAUCCUUGUGAAAACCACCGGAUCAGAGCACAAGGUGAGGAUGAACCACGUGUCCAUCGGGGACGAUCAGAUGAACCAUGUGUUCACUGUGACCCUGGAGGAGCUCAGGUGGAGCGAUGCAGACACUUACUGGUGUGGGAUUGAGAGAAUCGGACACGAUCUUGGGGUCCAAGUUAAAGUGGCCGUUGACCCAGCACUGACGACAGAGGCGGCCACCACCCCCACCUCCACCACCACCACCAUGUUCACAGUGCCAGUCACCCCAGAGGAGACCCUGCGCUCCCCGAAUAUGACCAGCCACCACCCGGAUGGCAGCAGCGACUCCCUGCAGCUCAGCAUCCUCCUUCCCAUCGUCUCCGCGGUGCUUCUGCUUCUCUUGGUGGCGGCCUCGUUCUUGGCUUGGAGAUUGGUGAAGCGGCAGAAGAAAGCUGCUGGAACAUCUCCAGAGCAGCCCCUGGAGGGAGACCUCUGCUAUGCAAACCUGACCCCGCAGCAGCCCGGAACCUCCUCCGAGAAGAAGGCCUCCAAAAAGCCCUCCUCCUUUGCCCAGGCGAGCCAGGAGGAAGUGGAAUAUGUCACCAUGGCUUCCUUUCCCAAGGAGGACAUCUCCUAUGCAGCUCUGUAUUUGCACACCUUGGAUCAGGAUCCAACCUACAGCAACACCGGCUGCCUCAUCACCCACACUUCUGGCAGGGGCCACGAAGAGCCCUCACAAUACAGCACCAUCAGGAAGUCGUAGCCUGGGCCCCAGGCCCCCCCUCUGGCCCAGUCGCAGGCCUGUGAUCAUGUUCCUGCCUUGUCCACCUGGUGCCUGAGGCCUCUAUCUGAGUCAGUGAGCAUCAUUCCAGCUCUGAUCUGGACUGGGGGCCUGGUCUCAGGGGGCUGCUGGGAGAUAGACAGGGGUCUCUCCACCUCCCUUCCUCUCCCACAUAGCUUGGGAGGGGGCUAGGAUAUUCUCUGGGGCUGCUAAGGGAGUGAAAAUGAUGAUAAUGAUAGUAAUAUUUAACCUUAUUUAUUGCUUACCAUGUGUGGUGAGCUGAACAAUGGUCCCCAAAGUCAUCUGUGCCCCAAGCCCCAGGACCCGUGAGCAUAUCUUACACGGCCAAGGGGGGUGGUGUGGAUAUAAUGAAGUUGAGGAUUUUGAGAUGGGGAGAUUAUUCUGGAUUACCCAGAUGGGUCACAAAGGUCCUUAUAGGAGGGAGGCAAGAAGGUCUUGAGAGCAGAGGCUGAUGGAAGCAGAAGUUGGAACGAUGAGGCCAGGAGCCAAGGAGUGCUGGAGCCUCCAGGAGCUGGGAAAGGCGAGUCCUGGAGCCUCCAGAAGGAACCAGCCCUGCCGACACCUUGGCCUUAGCCUGGUGAAACUGAUGUUCUAUUUCUGGCCUUCAGAAUUGUAGGAAAAUAAAUUCACAUUGUUUUAAUGAA